CAAACAUUUUAACCGAAUAAACGAAAAUAAAUAUUAAUUUAAAAUAAUAGUUAUAUUUUAGAAGAUUAAAAACCAAAAAAAAAAAACUUAAAACCGAACCAAUAUCCAGAUUAAACAGAUUUAAUGUAUUUUUAUUAAAAAUAACGAAACUAAUAAUCACAUUCCGCGCAAGGCGCGGGUUAUUACCUAGUGAUUAGUUAUUCUCUGUCUUUCUGUAUAAUUUAUAAGUUAUUACGAAGGACACAUGGCUAUUUGUUACUGGGGGGCGUGGAAACAUACAUCUAACUAAAGUAUAUAAAAUUAAUAGGCUAUAAUUAUUGUCCAAACACUCAUGUAACUGCAUCAUUACAGAAUUUGUGACAACUAAGAUUUAAAUAAUAAAUGAAAACAUUUAUUUAAUCACGUAGCCAUCCAUAAAUCAUCUCGCUAUUAGUCUCAUCUGUCGCACCAAAUUAUACGAAUUUCUUUGAAUUAAUUUGCAUGCAUCCCUUUUUUCUUUUGAAACUGAAUUGAUCACAUCCGUUCUCGGUAUAAACAUAGUGUUGCACUCAAUUUUAACACAGAUAAUAUGAUUCUUUAUAAUAUUGGGAAACAAAAGGUUUGGUCUUAAUAAUAUUGAUGUUAAUAUAGUUUUUUCUGUCGAAUAAUCAAAAACAGAAAAAAAAACGUUCAUUUUAUACAUAAAAGCGUAUUUGAUGAAAUGAUCACAUGCCAGUUGGGAUAUAGAAGGAAAAAAUUGAUGCAAUCAAGCAAAAGUCAACUAUGCGAAUAAUGCACCGGUUGAUAGGUUAAGACAUCUGCCAUGAUCGCUUAUAGCAUAGGCCUCCCCAUUUGAUGAGAGGAUUGAGCCGACGGCUAAACAAAGCAAUGCCUACCAUGUAGCUGGGGGCUAUCCUUAGCUCUGGCGUGGCUAAAAAAUGAUAUUCUCUAAAAAAUUGUUUUAUAAAAGUUGAUAGUGAUAUUUUUCUAAAAAAAUAUUUAUAGUUUAUUUCAAAUCGAGACUUUUAUUCAGAAUAAGUUUUGUUCUUUUUUCUUUUUGAAGUGACUUAAAGUUCUCUAAAAGUUGAUAGUGAUAUUUUCUAAAAAGAAUAUUCAUUGUUUGUCAUGUAAUUAUGUUUUCUUAAAUAUGUUUAUUUAAAAAAUGUAACUAUCAAUAAGUAAGGUCUACAUCUUUCAUAUAUUUUAAGAUAAUAUAGAUAUCGUAUUAUAAACCCUCAGUAGCAAAUUAAAAAAAAAUGAAAAUCAAACAAAAAGAGUGAAUAAAAUUUUUAAAAAGUCAACAAGUCCACAGAAACAGAGAUAUACCGGAAUAAACCGUUUCGGUUUAAGAUUAUCGGUUCUAAUUAUGGCUUUCCUUGGAGAAAACAGAGUCCUCCAAGAUGGAGAAGAAGAAGCAGAGAUCAGAGGUUUCGUCAACGGAAGCUGUUCUUCUCGGAGCUCUAGCUCCAGGCGUCAACGCUCCAACAUGGAACACUCUCAAAUUAUCGUUUCUUAUGCUGGGUCUCUGUCUCACUUUCAUGCUCUCCAUAGCCUUCACUAGUGGCCAAUCCAUGUUGCUUGUUCAUGUUGGCUUUCUCAUCGUAUAAACGUUCAUUUUAAUACAUCCAAAC